UGCUCGCGUAUAUCUGACAAGUGACGUAUACUUGACGCUGCACGCGUGCGGGACUCGGCAUGAUCUGUUAGGCCGCGUAUAUCUCGCGUUGGGGGCGUUUUUUAUUGGCACGCUCGCGCACGCAGGAACGUUCGUCGAAAUUUCGCGCGCGAGAAAUCUUCGUGGAUUCAGCGUGCCGUAUCCGUCCUGCCGCGAGGUUGUUUGAUGGGGUGCGAGUCGGAGGAGUACCUCGCGGUUUAGCGCGAUCGUGCCGAGUGCUCGGACUCGGACGUCACGCCGACAACGGCGCGACAACCUCCCCGCCACCAGGAAGUGCGCGCGAUGCGUGCCCCGGCGCCGCGAGCACGGUGCCCGAAAGCCACACGAGCGAUGCCCAGCUGUCAAUAAUACUCGGAACGGACGGGCCGCGUUAACGAGACGGACACGCGGGGGGUAGGAAGGUAUGGAGGGUGUCAACGGUCAGUUGCAGACCAAGUAUCAGAAAAUCGCUGCGGAAUACUCAAAAAUUCGUGCGCAGGUGAACGUAUUGAAGAAGGCUGUGAUAGAGGAGCAGGCACGCAACACGGAUAUACGGAAUCAGCUGAAGGAGAGGGAGGUGGGGUUCCGUAGAGCGGAGCAGGAGAUCGACAGUCUGACAUUUCGCAAUCAGCAGUUGACGAAACGCAUCACCGUGCUGCAGGAGGAACUCGACAAGGCGCAGAACAAGUCCAAGCGGGGUAAGAGCAGAGCGCCGGAGAAUAACAGUCAGAUACCAGCGGCGCCGCCGAACAACAUCUUGGACGAGGAGUUUCAGAAGAAGAUAGUGGAGAACGCCCAACUGUUGUCGCAGAUCAGCGACAAGGACAGUGAGAUUGAGAGUCUGUGCGAUAGGAUACAGCAGUUGGAAUGUAAGGUGGACUACUGCGAGAAGUCGAGGGUGGAAUCGGAGUGCCAGUACCAGAGCACCAUAGACAAGUUGGACCGCGAGAGGAGUGACCUGCAGAGAAAACUGAACGACAGGCAGAAGCAAGAGGAGACUGUAUCGUGGUCCAGCAAUGAGGGCAAACGCGAUGGCUACGACUUCGACCCGAGAGCGAUACUCUCGAAUCACCGUCAGACGGAGCCGUCCCCGUUUUCCUCACCCUCCGCCUCGCGCAGGUCCUCCAAGUCCCUUGGCGAGGGCAAGCCGCAGAAGUCACAGGAGGAGAGCAACGAGUUCCUCUACGCCAAGUCGUGUGACCUAGAGAAGGAAGCGAAUCAUUGGAAGGCUCAGUACCAUAUACUCAAGUUAAAGUACGAUGAAUUGGAGCAGAGGGGAACCACGGCGACUUCCCACAUCGAUAGCGACGCGCUGCAACCUGUGGAAAUCAGUAACAUGCAGAUUGGCAAAUUGGACGCGCCUUUCGUGCUAGCUGAGGAAAUCGAAGCUCGCGAAUCGAAGAUUAGGGAUUAUUUUCUGGAAGAAAUUGAAAGGUUGACGAAUGAGAAGCACAUUUGUCAUGUAAAAAACUUAGCUAUGGCCGCUAAUAACGAAGUCAUGCACGUGCAGUUGGACACGAGCGAGUCGAAGAGAGAAAAGUGCGAGACGUCGCUGUUAGAGACACUUUCUAAUUAUAAUAGUUUACACAGAGAGAAGGAGACGCAAGAGGGAAAUUACAAAACGCAGCUCAACACGAUGAGCGAGCAUCUUGCCAACAUGAACGAGAAACUCAUCUUCCAGACGGAGGAAAUACAACAAUUGAAAUUCGAAUUAACUAAUAAGCACAGCAAAAGAGGAAAACAGAAGUGAUCCAGGUCAGAAUUGCAGAGAACAAUCAUUGAACAUUCCGUCAGUGGCAUGAUUUAAUCACGAUCGUUAAUAAAUAUAAUUUUACGUGUACAUAUACAAUUCACAUACCUGGUAAGCAGCGAUCUAUCGAACUCCGAACGCAUACUCCCGUCUUCGGCUCGCACGCUGAAGAGCUCUCUACAACUCGACGUUAUGUUAUUUAUGAAAUCAAAAUAAAAAUAAACAACUUACUCGACGUCGUUCUCUUUACGAACGCCGCCGCGCUGUAAGUUCGACUCUUCUCUACAUUAUAUGUACGCAACGAUUAUUCCUAUUUGCUCACGCUUAUUUACAACAAUCUGAUAAGCAGGAUAAAUUAUGUAAUCGAAAUUCCUUAUUAACGAUAUUUUUAACCUUUUUGGUAAUAUAAUUAUUUGGUAUCACACAUGUACACACACACCUGCUAGACAUUUGUAACGAAAAUAUAUAAAAAUAUGACGCAACUGUAAAUUGUAAAUUAUACUAUAUUAUACGGAAAAAAAGAGAAAUAUGUACAGCUACUGUUCAUGGUAGGUGUUGUGAUAAAAUAAAUGUAUAUUUGCCAAAGCAAUUGUAUGCAUUGCUUUGUGUGUUAAUAAUAAAUAAAAAACGUAAUUGAUCC